AAAACUUGAAACUUGAAACAUUAAGCAGCAUUACAGUAUUACGUAAUGUUGAAAGAGUUGUAUGUUUUGUUUAUAGUAUAAUUACUAGCUGUUUUAUACACCAUUGCUACUUUGUUAGUGACUCGUCGCGCGAGUCUUUUGACUUUUGACUCGAGUUCCGCUGGCCUCGGCUCUGGCCCUGUUGUUCAGGGAAGUUCGCUCGGCCAGCACUGGUAUACUAGUGCUAGCCAUACCACUACCAAUACCAGUGCCAGAGCCACCCACUUGCCGCUGUCCUCCAGCGGCCGCAACCGCGAGCCAAGUUUUCUGAGGAGCCAUCAUCAGUGGGUGAUAGAAGCAUUAACCUCCUGGAAUCCAACAUGGAUGAAGAUCAUAUAACAUGAAUGGAAGUACUGCUACAUGUAGUCAUGUGAUGAGCCGUUGGGGGCAUGUCACUAUCACACUUGACCAUGGAGCAUGGUGAUGUAAUCGACAUUGAUGACCUCCUCGGGGAGUCAUCUCCAGAGCAGUCAUCCCUUCCCUUAGAAGAGUACAACCUUGAUGACUUCUUAGACACUGCUCUACAUGAAGGGGACAAUGGAAAGUCUGGCAAACAAUAUUCAGGCAAGUCCCGGCUCCAUGCUCACAAAAGCAAAAGAAAUCGAUCUGGACAAAGUGGCACAGAGGAAGGAAAGUUACCUCAAUACCAGCAGGAUGAUGCUACCGAGGUGUUCCUAGAGUCUCUUCUGAGUACCAUCAAGCCAUGUGGUGACAAGAAUGACGUCACCUUAGACAUCAACUCAGACGAGCUGAGGAAAUUCAUUGCUGAAUAUCAGGUACAUGAUGGAGAGUUGGUCACCAUACAGCUGGAUGGGGCAAGGCGGCCAACCGAAGACGGGGCCUCGCUCAGUUCAAGUGCUUCAGAGUCACUGGACAGUUCACUCUCCGGAGAAGGAGUGGGUGGGUCGAAGGUCAAGCAGAAUAAGAAGAUGAUGAGAGGAAUGAGGCUUCUGGUUGCCAAUCUCCUCCGAAGCAAGACAACGGCCAUGGCCAGCCCGACACUGGGGAGUGAAGACGAAAGACAGAAGGAGGUACGUCGGCAGAAGCUCAAGGAUAAGAGCAAGCGGAGGGAAGAGAAAGUCUUGAUGAAUCAUAGUAGUGAUGGACAGUCAUCUCAGAAUGAUGUUUCUUUAAAUCACACUGCACCUGCUGGAUUGAACAAUCCCACCAAGAUAGAUACUACUGCUGCUGUGUGUAAUGCAAGUGGAGUGAAUCCAAGGAAUAGCCAAUGUACUGACAGACAUGAAGCGUAUGCAUCCAGAACAAGUGAAGAAGUAGCCAAGGUCUUUACAUUUGCAGUUGAAGAGGACAAAUCGAGUUUGGAACACUAUCUUAGAAGCAACCCUAGCGUCAGGGACUCACGGGAUUGUCAUGGUAACAUGCUCCUGCAUGUCCUGUGUCGUCAUGGCAAACUUGAGAGCUUACAGUGGCUGGCGUCUGGACUGUGUGGACAUCACGUCAGUCUGGAAAAUAAUAACUGCUUCACACCAACUGCCAUUGCUGUCAAAUAUGGCAGACUGGAUUGUGUUGAGUGGUUGAUCAAUGAAACCAAGGCCAAAGAUGAGCUUCAUUCUCAAGAUAAUAGGUGGUCCUUGCUUCAUAUAGCAUCCCGUUAUGGACAGGAAUCAUGCUUGCGAUGGUUGCUCCAGUUUAUGCAAGAUACCAGCAUCGAUCUUGACUGUCUUGAUCGUCAUGGCAACUCGCCUUCCCACCUUGCUGCUCGACAUGGUCACCUGACAUGUCUACAGACUCUUGUGGAGUUCACCUGUGAUGUUACCAUGGUGAAUGGUAAGAAGCAGACUCCUUGUAGCCUAGCAACCAAGUAUAAUCACAACACCUGUGCUCAGUUCUUGGUUGUGACCGAGACGUGUGUCUCACUGUCUGAUCAAGUCACUCAACUCAGAAGAGACCUCAGAGAGUACCACCAGGAAAAGGUAGAGCUGAAAGCAAGGCUAGAUGAUGCCAUACUAUGCAGCAAGGCCCUGGUGCGCAUGCAUCCCCGGGAUACCACCCAACGGAUAGAACAGAUCCAACUACAGUAUGUGGAUCUGACUAAUCUCUUGGUGAGAAGAAUUGAUGAAAUGCAUCAAAAGAAAGAGAAAGAACCGGCUCACAGGGAAUCGUCAUACGCAGAGAGUGGUAAUGAACUAGGUGAUGACGACAUAGCCUUGUGUAAGCAGCGUGCCGAAGAGCUCCAGGACUCUUGCUCCUGGCUCCUGGAGGAGGAGCAUGCUCGUCAAGCAUCCAGUCAGGAGGGAGAGCUCUCCAGGAUCCAGGACACUCUGCACAAACUCCAGCAGCCUCAAGGGUUGCCAAGCUGUGGCGGUCAAAGGUCACAGCUAGAGGAUCAUUACAACUCAGAGCCUCUCAAAGACAUGCGAAAACGGCUAAAUGAAGUGAGUUUACUCCGAGCUGCAAGUCCAUCUGUAAUGAACGUACCGCUCUCUGAGAAGCAAGACAGUAUUAGUCUGAGCAGCAGUUAUACGUCCCUCAGCUCAUCAUCAUCAUCCCUCUCUGUGAUGACGAAUGGUCCACUGGUACCUUCAAGGCACACACUUCAGAAACAAGUAUCAUGGGAAGAUCAACGACAUCAUAUGGGUGCAUCAAGUGAUGUGAAUGGAGGGACGAGCCAUAGUGAAACUGGAAGCUCAGCCUCAAGCGUAAGAAGUAUAGAGCAAGAAGAUCUGGCGUCCAGAGUGAAAAGACACUUGAACGAUUUAAUCUCAGGGAAAAGUAAUAGUCAAACGGAUGCCAAAACUUGUCAGUCUUCCCCAAAUAAUCAGUAUUAUACAAAAGAUGAAAGAGAAUAUCGAACACCAACCAACCCUUCACCGACGGAUGGUGUGCCAGCAGCCAGGUUAAAUGGAUCUAAUACUGUGCCAUCCACCAGAAUCAGUACACAACAGUCAUCACACAUGAAACAGAAUCAAGUAAAGCAGUCUCUUGAUGCUCUCAUGAAGAGUACUCUACCAGACUUAAUCAACUCUGGGGAUGCUAAGACAGGUCAGGUUUCCCCGCAGAGUGAUAGCAAGCUAUCGACCUCAAGCGAAGAUCUCUCCCAUUCUUGGCAUGGUGGUUCAGGUGACCAGAGUAGAAAUGGUAGACCACUCCUCUCUAGAUUAAGAACAUCUCAUUCUACCGACUCUGCAGUGCAAAGUACAAAUAACAUGAAGCAUCAAAGGCAUAGCAGUGAGAAUAGCCCACUGAAUAUGAAACUAUCGUCAUCCAUCAAGAGCCAAGAUGAUGAGGUUCUUCAUAGGCCUUUAUCGAGCAGUAGAAGCACCGUCUUGUCUAUGCCAGUCUUCAUGCGGAAGCUACGACCAACAGGACAUGUUCCAGGAGGAGAGGUAUCCGUUCACGUUGAUCUGAUAAACCAUCAUGAUGACAUGGAAGGAGAGGUUGAUUCUUUCCUACCUAGACUCAACUCAGACUCCAGUCUCAGUAGCACCACGUCAUCUGAUGUAGUCUGGUCUGAUGUUGAUCACCAGGACGGUCCAGAUGUAGGCCCUAUGUACAAACGCAGGGCUGGGAUACUCAAUCGAACUCGCAGAACCGGAGAGGGUUACCGCAAAUCGCGUAACCGUCACAUCAAAUUUGCUUUGGAUGAAGACAACUGCCCCUCAAGCCCUAGCUCGGAUGCAUCCUACCAUCGUAGAGAUCUCUCUCCAAUCUAUGAGUCUGAAUCCCAUCGGCAGCAGCGUGAGCAGAAUGCAGCUGAAUUCCACAGUCCUGUGAACAAUGCCUCUCCUUGUGAAUAUAAUCCUCCUAUGCUUGGUCAUCGUGAGUACAGAGUUAACUUCUACAGCAGUGAUGAUGAUGAUUAUGAGACAGAGUCACCUCUGCCUCAAGACAGUCGGCCCAUUUCAGGAUCUAACUUAUCACAUGCUCAGGAUCGUCCAGUUGAUGAGAUUCUACAAGAUUCUGUCCUUGAUGGUCAGGAAGAAACUGACAAGUUUUGGUAUGAGAGUUCUGAAGAGGAUGAUGAAAGUGCAAACGGGCAAAGCUUGAGUGCUUCAAUUGGAGGUACAGCGGAGAGACACAUCUGCUAUCUCUGAAGACAUCAACGAUCAGGACAGAAAGCACCACUCAAUGCACCUUGCUUCCUGGAGGGUUGUAACAGGAAGGGCUUAGGUGCAUUCCAUAGAAGUACAGCAGAGAGUCGCAUUGUACUUGAUCUGAAGAUAUCUUUCAUCGUGUCAGGGGAGACCGCUGUACACACGUCUCGCUGUCUUCAAACGGUACAGUAGGCACAGCUUGAGGUAGUCAAACAGAAGUACAUCACUCAGACACAUCAGACAUCUCUGAAGACAUCAUUCACCAAGUGUGAAACUGUUACUGGAGUCUACCGUGCAGUAGAGAGAUACACACCUACUACUUCCUGAUGGCCUCCUUCAUCGGGUCAGAACUUCUGAAAUCAUGUUGCCCCCCUCAGGAAUGAAACUGGCAGAGGUGGAGUGCAUCCCUCGGAGGUGCAGUGGAAAGACACAUUUAAUGUCUCUCAAUAUGCAGAACCCAGGUCCAAACAUAAGCAUUAAUCUCCCCAACCAUAUUUUCUCUUAUUCCUUGAAUCUUAGAUACCAUCUGUUUGGAGCCAGUAGGACGUUAAGUAUAUGUAUGUUUUAAGUAUAUAACACCCUUCUGGCUCCAAACAGACGAUACAUCAUUUACAGGUGAUAACAGUAACCGUGACUGCCUGCUUCUGGUAUUUACAGUAAACAUGGAUGCCACACUGAGACAAGGUUACUUGACAGGCCAUCUCCUGAAUGACAUGAAUCCACAGAGUGUCUUCAGCCAUCUCCCUUUACCUUGAAGAAAGAUUUGACGUGGGUUGAGAAGACCUGUAGCAUGUAAUGUAGCUACCAUCAGUAAGGAAUGACUGUGUUACAGGGUUUCAUGUGAAGGUGUACUGUAAAUGUAUAGGUAUGUCAUUUUGGAAAGGAGCGUAUAUCUAUGUUGAAAGUUUGUUCGUAUUUCAACCUCAUUUGGCUCCAUACUCUGGAGAGGAAACCUCAUUUGUUUACCAAAUUCCAUUAGGUAAGAAACAGGUAGAGCAAAUUAAACCAAUUAUACAGGUACAAGGAGUAGGAAACUGAAAAUCAAACUAGGUAUUAAUUUCUAAGUUUUGUUCCUACAAUUUCAAAUUAUACUAUAGCUAUAAGGGUAAUCUUAUG